AUGGACCUGCCCUCGCUCCCCUCGCUCCCCUCGCUUUCUCUUCCUAAGCUUCCCUCCGUGCAGCUGCCUGACUUCUGGGGCAUGUGGAUGGGACUGUUCAGGACUACGAUCAUCAAGCUCCAUGACGUCACGGGGAACUACGGCUGGUCUAUUACUGCCAUCGUCCUCAUGAUCAAGGCCUUGACCUAUCCUCUCAACUAUAAGGUGUACGCAGCUCAGUUCGAGAUGCAAGCCAUCCAGCCAGAGAUUGACAAAAUCAAGGAGCAGUACAAGGACAACCCUGACCUUAUCAACAUGAGAACCAGUGUCCUCUUCGCGGAGAAGGAAGUGAACCCCCUUGCUGGCUGCCUUCCCAUUCUCAUUCAAUUUCCCAUCUUCAUCGCCCUCUACCGCACUCUGCUCAACCUCGGGAAGGAUCGCAUGCUCGGAGAGCCCUUUCUCUUCCUUCCUUCUCUGGAAGGACCAGUUGUCGCUGGACUGCCAACGGACUACGUGGGGGUACGAGAAGACGCUCCCUGGCUGCUGCAGAACUGGCAGAACGGAGCUCCGCCUCUUGGAUGGCACGACACUAUCAUCUACUGUGCUCUUCCCAUCCUCAUCGUAGUCGCGCAGCUCGUCUCUACCUCCAUCACCAAGGCUGGACAGCCAGCGAAGAAGCCCUCGGAGCAGAAGGGCGACGGGUCGGCCGAGACGCUCGUUGCCAUCCUCCCGUACCUUAUCGGCUGGUUUGCGCUGAACCUUCCGGCUGGCUGCUCCUUGUACUGGUUCCUCAACACCGUCCUCACAACAGCCAUCCAGGUGUACAUCAAGAACCAGUUCAAGCCGCAGCUGGAGGCAGCUGCCGCUCAUGUUGACUUCGGCAUCCAGACUGAGGCGGAGAAGAAAAUGCAAGAGCAGAUCAACGAGGAGGGAUGGAUCAGAGGCGUGAAGGCUGUGUACAAGAAGUUCGACGACUUCCUUGGCAUGGGCCUCCCAGAAGUCUCUGAGAAGCCCGAGAAGAAGAUGGAGGAGGAGGACAAGGUUUCGAUCUUCGACGCCAAGUUCUGGAUCAAGGACGACACGGAGGAGGGAAAACUCAAGCCCGAGGAGAUCGAUGAGGUCAGGGCCAAGUUCCUGGCUGCCCGCGCAGCACGUCAGGCAAAGAAGGCUGCUCAGGCGAAGGCAUCGGAGGGGCUUGCGGCGUCUGGGUCCAAGAGCGAGUCGGAGUGAAGGGAAGGGAGAGAGGGUGAACUCGUUGUAAAGUAAAUGACGGACCUCGUG